UGGAGGAAAAAGUUGAGAAAAAGAAAGAACAGAAAGUGCCAGAAAAGAAGGCUGAGGCAAUAAAGAAAGUGGAGCCACAGAAGAAAACUGAGGAAAUCAUUGAGACAAAGACUGAGGAGAAACCACCAGAAAACAAAGUUGAACCAACAAAGAAAUUGGAGCCUCUUAAGCAAAUGGAAGAAAUAAUUGACAUAACUAAAGAUGAGGAAGUGCCACAAAAGAAGGCUGACCUCAUAAAUGAGCUAGAACCUGAUAAGAAAGAGGAGAAAAAAAUUGCGAAAAAAGUGGAUGAGAAACCAGUAGAAAAGAAGGUUGAACCUGCAAAGAAAGUGGAACCUGGAAAGAAAGAGGAGAAAAAAGUUGAGAAAAAAGAGGAAGAGAAACCAACACAAAAGAAGCCUGAGCCUAAGAAAGUGGAAACUGUAAAGAAGGUGGAAGAAAAAGUUGAGAAAAAGGAGGAGAAGCCAGCGGAAAAGAGGGUUGAGCCCAUUAAGAAAGUGGAGCCAGAGAAGAAAAAGGAACCAGAGAAAAAGCCUGAAUUGAAGAAGAUAAUUCAACAAGAAGAACCAAAACUGGAAGAGGAUAAAGCCAUUAAAAUAACUGAAUCAAAGAAAGUGGAAUCUGUCAAGAUUGAGGAAACAAAGGAUGUGAGAAGACAAUCCAUUGUCCAGACUGCAGAUGGGAAGGUAGAAGAGGAAGUUAAAGUUCAGUCCAGAAGAUCAUCGACGAUUGAGAAGAAAGUGACUGAAGAAAAGAAAAAAGAAGAAAGAAAAUUGUCUGUUGAUAAACCAGCUGAACCACCAAAGAUUCGUAGAUACGACCCAAUGGCAUAUAUUCCUAGUAGUUCUGAGGAAGAGUCUGAAGAAGAGGUGGAUGAUGGUUUAAGCAAGGAAGAGGAAUCAUUUAAUGACAUAGCUCCGAAGCCUGUGGACAAGUCUAAACCAGGAAUGAAAGUUCCUGAGAUUAAAGCUCCUGAGGGUCCCAAGAUUGAAGUGAUCCGAGAGAAAACACCAACACGAACAGAUAGCAGGAAAGGCUCCCUUGCGCCAGGAUCUGGGCCCCCAAGCCGCCGAGGCUCUCUUAUUCCACCAGAAGACCAACAACGAAGGCCAAGUCUCAUUAUCAGUGAUGAGAGGAAAGGUUCUCGUCCUGGGGUACUGGAAGAGAAACAGCGUAGAAGACCAAGUGGUGAUAUGAGACGUCCAAGUGUGGCGGAACUAGGUGAAAUGAUUGAUAAGCCAUCAACACCUCUGCGAGCUACAGGAAGUCCAGGACCUCCUGUUAUUGUUGACGUGCAGGAGAGCUACUCUGCUGUUGAAGAUCAAACGGGUUAUAUCACUAUUGGUGUUGAAGGAAAUCCAGCACCCACCUUCAAAUUCUACAAGGGAAUGACAGAACUCUUGUACAUAGAAGGAGGUCGGUUUAAAUUUGUAACUGAUGGAGAGACUAAUUCGAUAACUCUCUGUAUAAGGAAGGUGAAACCUAAUGAUGAAGGAAAGUACAAAGUUGUUGUUAGUAAUGAACAUGGAGAAGAUUCAGCAGAAAUGCAGUUGUAUGUGUCAGAUGCCAGUGGAAUGGACUUCCGCGCUAUGUUAAAGAAGCGUAAAUAUGCAAAGUGGGGGAAAGACAAAGAAGAACCUGACUGGGGAGAUCUAAAGGAAGUAGAAAAGGAAGUACCUAAACUAAAGAAAGUCGAAAAGAAACAAGAGUCCUUUUUGAAGCCAUUAGUGGAUCAGGUAGCGAAGGAAGGAAAAGAUAAGAAAGUAGUAUUUGAUGCUGUGUUUUCCAAACCAAAUGCAAAACCAAAGUGGAUGUUCCGGAAAGAUGAGCUGUUUCCUGGCUCAAAGUACAAAUUUGUUAAUGAAAAUGAUGUGUACAAACUUAUCAUUAACAUGCCCAAAGUUGAAGAUACUGGAAAAUAUACUGUAGAAAUUGGAGGUGUUUCAUGCACUGCAUUCUUAAAUGUUGAAGAGGCUGAGCCGGUAUACUCAUUUUUGAAACCUUUAAGCAAGAAAAUAGAAGGUUUCACAAAACAUGAAACAUCCAUGGAAUGUACUGUUAGCAGCAGCAUGGCUAUUAUACAUUGGUACAAAGGAAACACAAAACUUGAGGAGGGAGAUAAAUAUGAAAUGAGCAAGGACUUAGCUGGUAUCUGCCGGUUGACAAUCAAGAAUUGUGAACUUACUGACAGUGGUGAAUAUUCUUGCCGAAUUGCUAAGCAGGAUGAUAAAACCACGACAACAGUUAAAAUAAUUGAAUAUCCUUACAAGUUUGUAAAAGUGUUGAAGAGUCAACAGAUAACAGAAAAGGAAACUGUCACAUUACUUUGUGAACUUGAUGAUGCCGGAGGGGAAGUUACAUGGAUGAAAGGUGAUGAAGAAGUGAAACCAGAUAAAAGAAUACAUAUUGUGAAAGACGGAAGGAAGAGAAAGCUUAUAAUUAAGGACUCCAAAGUAACAGAUUGUGGAAUGUAUUCCUGUGUCAGUAAUGCUGACAAGACAGAGGCUGAACUAGUUAUCCAGUAUCAAAAUCGUUUCAACAAGAAACUUAAAGACACCACUGUGGUAGAACGAGAAAAACUUGUGCUGGACAUUGAACUUCAGGAUCAGACUGCUCCAGCUGAAUGGUUUUUCAAUGGAGAACCAAUCAAGGAAUCUGACAGAAUACAAAUUAAGAAUCUGGGAGGAGGCAAGCACCAACUCAUUUUCAAUCAAGUUCAGCUUGACGAUUCUGGAGAAAUACGGUGUGAAUCUGGAAAACUGUCAUCAACUGCAAAACUUACAGUCAAGAAAGGUGAAGAGAAACCAGUUAUAGAUUUCCCUGAUGAAGUUGAUGGCCCUUGUAAUAAACCUAUAAUAUUUGAGGUCCCAUACAAAGUGGAAGGAACAAGGCAGUCACAGAUAGAAGCAAAACUGUUAAAGGAUGGUAAACCUCUACCUCUGAAGGAUGUGGAUGUUGUUGUAGCUGAAGACAAAAUAAUAUAUAAAAUCAAGAAACCAGCUAGAAAUUUGUCUGGCCCAUACCAGAUAAAGAUUUCGAACUCACAGGGAGAAGCUGUGCAGAAUGUGAAGAUCAAUAUGCAAGAUGUUCCAUCACCGCCAAGGGAUGUAACUGUUACUGAAAUAUUCCAGAAUUCAUGUGUUGUUAAGUGGAAACCAUCUGCUGAUGAUGGCGGAGCCCCCCUUGUUCAUUACGUUGUUGAACGCCUGGAUAUGAGUGUCAAAGGUGGUUGGGACAGUGUUGCUGAAAUCACACCUGACAAGCCCACAGUUUUUAAGUGUGAGGACUUAGUUCACAAAAGAGAAUAUAAAUUCCGUAUACGAGCAGUAAACAAACUGGGCUCUUCUGAACCAGCACUUUUUGCUAAACCAGUAUUGGCAAAAGAUCCAUGGGAUGAGCCAAGCAAACCAAACAAUGUGGAGGUUGUGGACUGGGAUAAAGACCAUGCUGAUCUAAAGUGGACAAAACCUGAAAAUGAUGGUGGAGCUCCAAUCACUGGAUAUGUUAUUGAGUUUAAAGAAAAAUUUGGAAAAGACUGGCAAACUGGAAAAGUACUGGAUGGUGACAUAACUGCUGCUACCAUCGAUGGUCUGAAGGAAGGAACACAGUACGAGUUCCGCAUUAGAGCAGUUAACAAGGCAGGACCAGGAGAACCUAGUGAUGCAACAAAACCAAUUAUAGCAAAGGCAAGAUUUGUGAAACCAUUUAUUAUUGGUGAUGGAUUAACCAACAUUGUUGUAAGGAAAGGACAAGUUAUAAAAUACGAUAUAAAGUAUGGUGGUGAGCCAGAACCAGUGGCACGUUGGGAAGUUGAUACAAAGGAAAUUGUAGAAGACAAAGAAGAACGCAUUACCAUUGACAAAUAUGAAAGAAACACAGUGCUUACUAUAAGGAGAACAAGUAGAGCUGACAGUGGAAAAUAUAAAUUAAUAUUGAAAAAUGACACAGGCAUUUGUGAAUCUGUGGCUGAUGUUGUUGUCUUGGACAAACCCUCGAUGCCUAUGGGACCAAUGAAGGUUGAGGAAGUGAGAGCAAAUCAUGUGAAGGUUAAGUGGGAGAAACCAGAGGACAAUGGAGGAACUGAAGUUACUGGAUAUGUAUUAGAAAAGAUGGAUCUGGAUACGGGACGCUGGAUUCCAGCUGGAGAGGUGGGCCCAGAUAAAAACACUUUCACAUUUGAUGGCCUGACACCAAAGAAAAAAUAUAAGUUUAGAGUAAAAGCUGUUAACAAGGAAGGAGAAUCUGAACCACUGGAAACGGAGGGAACUAUACUGGCUAAGAAUCCAUAUGAUGAACCUGGGCGUCCUGGAAAACCUGAAAUAUUUGAUUAUGACAACAAGAGUGUCAGCUUAAAAUGGGCUAAACCAGAAAGUGAUGGUGGUCGCCCUAUAACUCAUUACACUAUUGAGAUGAAAGACAAAUUUUCUGUAGACUGGGUAGAAGUCUGUAAAACACAAGAUAGUACAUGUGAGGCAAAAGUUGAAGACCUGAAAGAAAGAAUGGUGUACCAGUUCCGUGUCCGUGCCCACAAUAAGGCUGGUGCAAGUGAGCCAAGCGAACCCACUGACACCCAUGUCUGCAAACACAAACACUUGAAACCAAGAAUCGAUCGCACAACAUUCAAGAGUGUUACAAUCAAGGCUGGCCGAACUCAUAAAUGGUCUGUGGACAUAUCUGGUGAACCACCACCAGCAGUUACAUGGCUUUGGAAAGAUUCUGUUAAGCUUGUACCCACAGAAAAAAUUAAAAUUGAUAAUGUCGAUUAUCAUACUGAUUUUACUAUUAUAAAUGCAGUUCGCCGAGACACAGGAAAAUACACUCUGAUUGCAGAAAAUGCUUCAGGGAAGGACCAGGAGACAGUGGAGUUGACAGUUCUUGGCAAACCAAGUGCUCCACAAGGACCACUUGAAGUGAAAGAUGUUACCAAAACGUCAGCCAAAGUUAAAUGGCAAAAACCAGAAGAUGAUGGUGGUUGCCCAAUAAAAGAGUAUGAAGUAGAAAAAAUGGAUCUGGCAACUGGAAAAUGGGUUAGAGUUGGUCGAGUUCCUGGAGACCGGGAGAACCCUGAAAUGGAGAUCACAGGAUUAGAACCAGGUGCUGAAUAUAAGUUCCGUGUGACUGCAGUUAAUGAUGAGGGUGAUUCUGAACCGCUUGUUACUGAAAAGGGAACUAUUGCAAAGAAUCCUUUUGAUGAGCCUACAGCACCUGGUACGCCUGAGAUAACAGAUUAUGAUAAUGAAAGUGUAGAUUUGAAGUGGACUAAGCCUGAAAGUGAUGGCGGUGCACCAAUUGAAAAAUACAUUAUUGAGAAGAAAGACAGGUUUAAGCCAGACUGGGAGAAAGCUAUUGAAGUUCCUGGAGACCAGUUAACAGCAAAAGUGCCUGACCUUAAGGAAAGGGCAGAGUAUCAGUUCCGAGUAGUUGCAGUAAAUAAAGCAGGGCCAUCACCAGCUUCAGAACCAACAAAGACACAUCUUGUCAAACAUCGAGCAUUGAAGCCACGUAUUGAUCGAACAAACCUGAAGCCAAUUGUUAUUAGAGCUGGGAAAAGUGUCAAAUAUGAUGUCAAUAUUCGUGGUGAGCCUCCUCCAGAUGUUAAAUGGUUUCUGCAGGAUACUGAGGUGAAAUCAGAGGGCAACUAUGAAAUAAUAAAUGUUGACUACAAUACCAAAUUUUCACUUAAUGAUGCAGUUAGGAAAAACUCUGGAGUGUACAAAAUUGUUGCAGAAAAUCAACACGGGAAAGAUGAGGCAGAAGUUGAGAUUACUGUACUUUCUGCACCAUCUAAACCAAAAGGACCCUUGAAAGUCUCUGAUGUUACAAAGAAUAGUUGCAAACUGAAAUGGGAGAAACCAGAGGAUGAUGGUGGAAAACCAAUUACUGGGUAUGUUGUUGAAAAACUUGACAAAGAGACUGGGAGGUGGGUGCCUGUGGGAAGAACAUUGGAGCCAGAGAUGGAUGUGAAGGGCCUGCAAGAAGGACACGAAUACCAGUUCCGAGCCCGUGCUGUGAAUGAAGAGGGUGAAAGUGAACCUCUUGAGACAGAACGUGCAACUUUAGCCAAAAACCCAUUUGAUAUCCCUUCAAAACCAGGAACUCCAGAAAUUGUUGACUGGGAUGUUGAUCGUGUUGACCUUAAGUGGAAAGCACCAAAGAGAGAUGGUGGUGCUCCUAUUACUGGAUAUGUCAUAGAGAAGAAAGAAAAAUUCAGCAGCUCAUGGGAUGAAAUUCUAACCACAACUUCACCUGCAACAGAAGCCCGAGUUCCAGGGUUGAAGGAGGGUAAUCAAUACCAGUUCCGUAUAAGAGCUGUCAAUAAAGCAGGUCCUUCAGAGCCUAGCGAUUCAACAAAACCACACAUUGCCAAGGCCAGGUUCUUGAAGCCACUAAUCAACCGUGAGAAAUUGCAGAAGGUUACUGUACGAGCCGGUCAGUUUGUGAAGUUUGAUGUUGAUGUUAAGGGCGAGCCACCUCCAGUUAUCACGUGGAGUUUUGCUAACAAAGUUCUGGAAAAUGGGCCAACUGUAAAAAUUGAAAAUGAAGAUUAUAACACAAAACUGACAUUGUCAGAUACAACAAGGAAAAACACUGGAACAUAUACCAUCAAAGCUGAAAAUGACUCUGGGAAAGAUGAAGCCACAGUCGACGUUAUUGUUCUUGACAAGCCAGGGAAGCCAGAGGGCCCAUUGGAAGUUAGUGAUGUCCACAAAGAAGGCUGCAAGCUGAAAUGGAGCAAGCCAAAGGAUGAUGGUGGUCUUCCACUAACAGGAUAUGUUCUUGAGAAAAUGGAUACAACUACAGGUCGCUGGGUUCCAGCUGGCUUUGUAGAUCCAGAGAAAACUGAGCAUGAGGUUACAGGAUUAGAACCCAACAAGAAAUAUCAAUUUAGGGUUAAGGCUGUGAAUGAGGAAGGUGAAUCUGAGCCUCUUGAGACUGAUACAGCCAUUCUUGCAAAGAAUCCAUAUGAUCCUCCAUCUGCACCUGGCUUACCGGAGAUUGUAGACUGGAAUGAAAACAUGGUGAAACUCAAAUGGGAGCGUCCAAUUCGAGAUGGUGGUGCUCCAAUCACUGGUUACGUAAUUGAAAUGAUGGACAAGUAUGGAGGUGCUUUUGUGAAGUGUGCUGAGAUACCUGGAAAUGUUUGUGAGGGGACAGUUCCAAAAUUAGAGGAAGGUAACCAGUAUCAAUUUAGAGUAAGGGCAGUUAAUAAAGCAGGCCCAGGAGAUCCCAGUGAGGAAACAAAUCCACACACUGCCAAAGCAAGAUUCUUGAAACCACGUAUUGAUCGCACCAAUUUACAGAAUAUCACUUUGAAAGUUGGGUUGACUGUGAGUCUUGAUAUAAAUAUUAUUGGUGAGCCACCACCAGAAGUCACUUGGUACUUCAAAGAUAAGGAACUAAAGACUGAAGAUCAAAUUCGAAUAGAUAACAUUGACUACAAUACAAAAUUCUUCAUAAUGAAAGCAAUGAGAGCCCACACAGGAAAAUAUAAAAUUGUAGCUAAAAAUUCUGUGGGUGAAGAUUCUGCUGAAAUUGACAUUACAGUAUUAGGAAAACCAACGAAACCAAAGGGUCCAUUAGAUGUAUCCGACGUCACAAAGAAUGGUUGCAAGUUGAAAUGGCAGAAACCAGAUGAUGAUGGCGGAAGUCCUAUAGAGUAUUAUGAAAUAGAGAAGCUGGAUCCAUUGACUGGGCAAUGGAUCCCUUGUGGGCGCUCAACGGAACCUGAGGCUAAUAUUACUGGAUUGCAGGAAGGAAAGCCGUACAAAUUCCGAGUGAAGGCUGUGAACAAGGAAGGUGAAUCAGAAGAACUGGAGACUGAGAAACCAAUCAUCGCCAAAAAUCCAUUUGAUGAACCAAGCAAGCCUGGACGACCUGAACCAAGAAAUUGGGAUAAGGACUUUGUUGAUUUGGAAUGGUCCAAACCAAAGAGUGAUGGUGGAGCUCCAAUAGAAAAAUAUAUUGUUCAAAUGCGUGACAAGGAAGGGCGAAACUGGGUUGACGCGUUAACAGUUCCUGGAGACAGGACUGCUGGACGUGUCACUGAUGUUGUUGAAGGACAUGAAUAUGAGUUCCGAGUUGUUGCAGUCAACAAAGCUGGUCCAAGUGAACCCAGUGAUGUCUCAAAAUCAGUUGUAGCAAAGCCCCGCUUCCUGGCACCAUAUAUUGAUCGUAAAAACUUGCAAAAGAAAGUGCUACGUAGUGGUCAGUUGCUACGAAUUGAAGCAGAUGUCAAGGGUGAACCACCUCCAAAGAUUACGUGGACUCUCAAGGAAACAGUACUGAAGUCCCAUGACAGAUUGAAAAUUGAAAAUGAAGAUUACAAAACAACAUUCAUCCUCCAGAAAGUAAAGAGAGCAGAUACUGGAGUUUACACUGUUACAGCAAAGAAUGAUUCUGGAGUGGAUUCUGUUGAUGUUGAAAUUUCUGUACUGAGUAAACCUAGUAAGCCAAAAGGUCCAUUAAAAGUAUCAGAUGUUACUGCAGAAGGCUGCAAGCUUAAGUGGGACAAACCAGAAGAUGAUGGAGGUGAACCAGUUGACCAUUAUGUUAUUGAACGUAUGGAUACUGAAACAGGACGCUGGGUACCAGUUGGUACAAGCAAGAUUCCUGAAGCUGAGGUUUCUGGGCUAAAUGAAGGAAAAGAAUACCAGUUCAGAGUCAAGGCUGUCAAUGCUGAAGGAGAAUCUGAACCGCUAGAAACUGAUGUACCAACAUUAGCCAAGAAUCCAUACAGUGAACCAGACAAACCAGGUAAACCAGAAGUACGUGAUUGGAAUAAACAUCAAGCUGAUCUUAAAUGGGCACCUCCAAAGUCUGAUGGAGGAGCUCCAAUCACAUCAUACAUUAUUGAAAAGAAGGAUCAAUACAGCUCUAAAUGGCAAAAAGCAGUUGAAGUUAUUGGGAACAAGUGUGAAGCAAAAGUGCCAGACUUGGUGGAAGGUAUGAAAUACGUGUUCAGAGUACGAGCAGUUAAUAAAGGUGGUCAGAGUAAACCCAGUGAGCCAAGUGACACCGUCCUAGCAAAGGACAGAUUUGCUCCUCCACGAAUUGACCGCAGCACAUUAAAGGAUACAGUUAUUAAAGCAGGUCAGAUGAUUCGCUUUGAUGUAAAAAUAAGUGGCGAACCACCACCAUCUAAAUCAUGGUUCCUCAACAAAGCACGGCUUGAAUCAAAAGAUGAUAUUUCUAUUGAAAGUGAAGAAUAUAGAACAAAAUUACUUAUUCAGACUGCCACAAGACAGCACUCUGGAACAUAUCUUAUCAAGGCUGAAAAUAACUCCGGGAAGGAUGAAGCUGCUGUGGAGAUUACUGUACUCGACAAACCAAGCAAGCCAGUGGGACCACUCAAGAUUUCAGAUGUUCACAAAGAAGGAUGCAAUCUGAAAUGGAAUGCUCCAGAAGAUGAUGGUGGAUCUCCAAUUGAGCAUUAUGUUGUUGAGAAAAUGGACACUGAAACAGGUCGUUGGGUUCCUGUGGGUAGAUCCAAAGAACCAAAUAUGGAAGUGGCAAAUCUGGUGCCUGGACAAGAAUAUAAAUUCCGUGUCAUGGCUGUGAAUGCAGAAGGCGAAUCAGAACCAUUAGAAGCUGACCAGGCUAUUGUUGCCAAGAAUCCAUAUGAUGAACCCGAUGCACCAGGAGCACCAGAACCCACUGACUGGGACAAAGAUCAUGUAGACCUGAGAUGGACCCCACCAACCUCAGAUGGUGGGUCUCCAAUCACAGGCUACAUUAUUGAGAAGAGAGAGAAAGGCUCACCACGCUGGACAAAGGCCGGGGAGGUCAAAGGUCCUGAAUGCAAGGGCACUGCUGAUAACUUAGAAGAAGGUGUUGAGUAUGAAUUCAGAGUGAAAGCAGUGAAUGCAGCAGGACCCAGUGCUCCUAGUCAGGCUAGUAAGCCUGUUGUUGCCAAGCCUAGAAAAUUGGCACCGAAAAUUGACAGACGUAAUUUACGCAACAUCACCGUCCGUCAAGGUGAGCCAAUACUGUUUGAUGUGAAGAUUAUUGGAGAACCUCCACCAGAUGUCACAUGGACACUGAAUGACAAGUCAAUUCAACAAACAAGUACUCGUAGAAUAGAAAAUGUGCCAUACAAUUCCAAGUUCUUUAAUGAUGAACCUGAUCGAAAGGACAGCGGCAUUUAUAAAAUAACAGCUGUCAAUAAAUAUGGCUCUGACACUGCUGAAGUUGAAGUGAAUGUUGUGUCCAAACCUGGUAAACCAGAAGGUCCUCUGGAAGUGUCAGAUGUCCACAAAGAUGGCUGUACUCUCAAAUGGAAGAAGCCAAAGGAUGAUGGAGGUGAACCAAUUGAGACAUAUGUUGUUGAGAAAUUUGAUACAGAUACUGGUGUGUGGCUGCCAGUUGGCCGAAGCAAGGAGCCACAGAUGGAAGUAACAGGUCUUAUUCCUGGACACGAUUAUCAGUUUAGAGUCAAGGCUGUCAAUAAAGAAGGUGAAUCUGAGCCUUUGGAGACACUGUCACCUACAACAGCUAAGGAUCCCUUCACUGCUCCUGGUACUCCUGGUGCCCCAGAACCUGUUGACUGGAGCCAAAACCAUGUAGACCUGGUAUGGAAAGAACCUGCUCACGAUGGAGGUUCACCAAUCACUGGUUAUAUUAUAGAAAAGAAAGAUAAAUACAGCAUGAUGUGGGAAAAAGCUUUAGAGACUGAAAGUCCAACACCACAAGCUGUGAUUCAUGGUCUAAUUGAAGGCAAUGAAUACCAGUUCCGUGUCAUUGCUGUAAAUAAAGCAGGUCCUGGUGAACCUGGAGAAGCAAGCAAAAACUUCGUUGCCAAGCCUAGAUUCUUGGCACCAAGGAUAGACAGGAGAAAUUUGCGUGAUGUGACAUUAUCUGCAGGAUCGACACUGAAGUUUGAUGUCAACAUUAUUGGAGAACCCCCACCAAAUGUGGAGUGGCGGUAUGGCAGCAUUCCGUUGAAGUCAUCCAAGACAGUGCAAGUUGAUAAUGUGGAUUAUAACAGCAAGCUUGUAAUCCGUCCUGUACACCGUGGUGAUUCUGGUGAAUAUACAAUAACAGCCACAAAUACAUCUGGAAAGGAUUCGGUGACUGUGAAUGUGACUGUCACUGACAAACCAACUGCUCCAGAAGGACCACUUCAGGUAUCUGAUGUCCACAAGGAAGGAUGUAAACUCAAAUGGAAGCGACCAAAGGAUGAUGGAGGUACUCCAAUCGAGUAUUACCAAGUUGAAAAGAUGGAUCCAGAGACAGGCUGUUGGGUACCUUGUGGAAGAUCCAAUGAACCAGCUAUGGAGGUUACUGGAUUAACACCUGGGAAAGAAUAUAAAUUCCGUGUAGCUGCUGUGAAUUCAGAAGGUGAAUCAGAACCAUUGGUAGCUACAGAGACCAUUGUGGCUAAAAAUCCAUUUGAUGAACCUGGAAAACCUGGUGAUCUAAAAGCUACAGACUGGGACAAAGACCAUGUUGAUCUGAAAUGGACACCACCAAAGGAUGACGGAGGCUCACCUAUCACUGGCUAUGUUGUAGAGAAGAAAGACAAGUAUGGACAGUGGGAGAAAGCUCUGGAGGUUCCAGCAGGACAGACAACUGCCACUGUGCCUGACCUAAUUGAGGGACAGCCGUAUGAGUUCAGGGUUCGCGCUGUAAAUGCUGCUGGGCCAGGUGAACCCAGUGAUGCCACACCAACAAUUAUUGCCAAGCCACGUAAUCUUGCUCCAAAAAUAGAUCGAACAAAUCUGAUAGAAGUAAGAAUCAAAGCAGGUCAAAACUUUGGAUUUGAUGUCAAAGUUAGUGGAGAACCUCCGCCAACAACAAAAUGGCUGUUACAAGGAAAAGAAGUGAGACCAUCAGACAGAAUUAAAGUUCAGCAUGCAGAAUAUAAUACAAAAAUUAAUGUGAGAAUGGCGACAAGAGCUGAGUCAGGAAAGUAUAAAAUUGUGGCAGAGAACAUUAAUGGGCGUGAUGAAGCAGAAGUAAACGUAAUUGUUUUAGACAAACCAAGCCCACCUGGUGGUCCACUGAAGGUAUCCGACAUUCAUGCAGAGGGUUGCAAGUUAGCCUGGAACCCACCAGCAGAUGAUGGCGGUCAGCCUGUUGAAAAAUAUGUUGUUGAAAAGAUGGACGAAGCUUCAGGAAGGUGGGUACCUGCAGGAGAAACAGAGGGUCCUCAGACAUCUCUAGAGGUUGAUGGGCUCACUCCAGGACACAAAUAUAAAUUCAGAGUCCGUGCUGUCAACAAGCAAGGAAAAUCAGAACCAUUAACAACAGCACAAGCAAUUGAGGCAAAGAAUCCAUUUGAUGAACCAAGUCAGCCAGGAACUCCAGAAAUUACGGAUUAUGAUAAAGAUUUUGUUGAGCUGAAAUGGUCAAAGCCAGAAAAAGAUGGAGGGUCACCCAUUACUGGCUACAUAAUUGAGAAGAAGGACAAAUAUAGUCCAAACUGGGAGAAAUGCGCUGAGGUGGAAGGUGAUGUUACAACAGGCAAGGUUCCAGAUCUUAUUGAGGGCAACCAAUAUGAAUUUAGAAUUCGUGCAGUUAACAAAGCAGGGCCUAGUGAACCUAGUGCACCAACAAAACCACAUACAGCACGACCAAAGAACUUGGCUCCACAUAUUGACAGAAAUGCUUUGCUGGAUAUUAAAGUACGGGCUGGACAGAACUUUGAAUUUGAUGUGCCAGUUAUUGGCGAACCACCACCAAACAAACAGUGGUCUCUCAAAGGGGAUGCAGUGAUUAACACUGAUAGAAUCAAAGUUGUCAAUGAAGAUUACAACACAAAACUUCGAGUGACUGAUGCAAAAAGGGCAGAUAGUGGCACAUACACAAUUACUGCAAAGAACAUCAAUGGUGUGGAUACUGCAACAGUUAAUGUUACAGUGCUUGAUGUUCCAACACCACCUGAAGGGCCCUUGAAACCAGACAAUGUAACAAAAUCAUCUUGCUCAUUGUUUUGGAGACCUCCAAAGGAUGAUGGUGGUUCUGAAAUAACACAUUAUGCAGUGGAAAAACUUGAUACUGAAAAUAUGCGUUGGGUGCCUGUAGGUGAAUGUAAUGGAACUUCAAUGAGGGUUGAUCAUCUGAUAGAAGGGCAUGACUAUAAUUUCCGGGUUCGUGCAGUUAAUAAGCAAGGAGAAUCUCAACCAUUGACUGGAACUCAGACUAUAACUGCAAAAGAUCCUUUCUCCAAGCCUGACAAACCUGGAACACCAGAACUAGUUGAUUGGGAUAAGGAUCAUGUUGACCUUGAAUGGACUGCACCUAAAAAGGAUGGUGGUUCACCUAUAACCUCCUACAUAAUUGAGAAGCGCACAAGAUUUGGGCCAUGGGAGAAAGCUGCAGAAGUUCCAGGUAACCAGACAAAGGGAACAGCACCAAACUUAACUGAAGGCGAAGAAUAUGAAUUCCGCGUCAUUGCUGUAAACAAAGGAGGUCCAGGUGAACCUAGUGAACCAUCUGCUUCUGUUGUUGCCAAGCCAAGAUUCCAGAGUCCUGUGUUUGACAAAACACUUCUACAGGAUCUCAUUGUACGUGCCGGUCAGAGAAUAAAUUACACAAUCCCAAUAGAAGCUUCACCAAAGCCUACAGCUACAUGGACUGUCAAUGGCAAGAAAGUGGAACCUGGUGUCCGAGCUGAUAUCCAUACAACUACUAAGAGUACUGUGUUUGAAAUAUUGUUCUCUGUGCGAGCUGAUACUGGUCGUUACACUCUCACUUUGGAAAACAAAUAUGGACAGGCAUCAGCAUCAGCUAAUGUCACAGUACUUGAUCGCCCAUCGCCACCUGAAGGUCCCCUCAUUGUGAGUGAUGUGACAAAAGAAAGUGCACGUCUAUCAUGGAAAGUUCCACUGGAUGAUGGUGGCAGCCCUAUUCUGCAUUAUGUUAUUGAAAAAAUGGAUGUGUCUAGAGGAACGUGGUCAGAUGCAGGGAUGUCUACAUCACUGACUCAUGAAGUAACUCGUCUCGUUCAUCGUAAGGAAUAUCUCUUCCGAGUGAAAGCAGUAAACAGCAUUGGAGAGUCAGAUGCUCUUGAGACAGUGAAGGGUGUAAUUGCCAAGAAUCAGUUUGAUGAACCUGAUGCACCUGGUAAGCCUCUAGUCAUGGACUGGGACAAGGACCAUGUUGAUUUGGAAUGGACAGCUCCAAAAUCUGAUGGUGGGGCACCCAUCACAGGCUACAUUAUUCAGAAAAAAGAAAAAGGAAGUCCAUAUUGGGUGAAUGCUGUGCAUGUUCCAGCAAAUAAAACUAGUGCAACUGUGCCAGACUUGACAGAAGGUCAGGAAUAUGAAUUCCGUGUUGUAGCAACAAAUUCUGCUGGUCAGAGUGAACCCAGUGAGCCUUCAGACACUGUAACUGCAAAAGCUAGAUACUUGGCACCAAAGAUUAAAACUCCACUAAAUGACAUACGCAUUAAGGCAGGACAGAUAUUCCAUGUUGAUAUAGACUUUAUUGGUGAACCUCAGCCUGAAGUAACAUGGACUGUUGAUGGGAAACCAUUGAAGACAGAUGAAAGAACAACUAUCACAUCAAUUGGCUACCACACAAUUGUACACACUGUCAGUACAAAGCGAUCAGACAGUGGAUUAUACCACCUGCAGUUGCGAAACAACUCUGGACUUGAUGAAGGAUCAUUCCAAGUUAUAGUGUUAGAUCGCCCAUCUCCUCCAGAAGCACCAUUAGAAUAUGAAGAAAUUACAAGUUCCAGUGUUACUCUUUCUUGGAAACCACCAAAAGAUAAUGGAGGCAGUGAAAUAACGGGCUAUGUCAUUGAAAAGAGAGACCUUACACAUGGUGGUGGAUGGGUUCCAGCUGUAAAUUAUGUGAAUCCCAAAUAUAAUCAUGCCACAGUUCCACGCCUUCUUGAAGGGACAAAGUAUGAAUUCAGAGUUUCAGCUGAGAAUCUUCAAGGCCGCUCUGAGCCCCUGAACACUACAAAGCCUGUAGUUGCAAAGAACCAAUUUGAUGUUCCUGGACGACCAGGUAAACCAGAGGGUGUAGACAGUGACAAAGAUCAUAUCAAAAUCAAAUGGACACCUCCAAUUAGCAACGGUGGUUCACCAAUUAUUGGUUAUGAUGUAGAGCGGCGAGACCGUAAGACAGGAAGGUGGAUAAAAGUUAACAGGGAACCUGUUAGGCAAACUGAGUAUUAUGAUGACAGUGUACAAGAAGGGCACCAGUAUGAGUAUCGUGUAUCAGCUGUAAAUGCAGCUGGUCCAGGGAAGCCCAGUGAUACAUCACAGGUUCUGAACGCUAAGUCAAUGAGAGAAAAGCCAAAACUUUAUCUAGAUGGCCUAAUUGGUAGGAAGCUAAAGGUUCGCGCAGGCGAACCAAUAAACAUACAGAUCCCACUGUCUGGUGCUCCACUACCAACAGUAGAAUGGACCAAAAAUUCUAUAAAACUUCCAGAAUCUAAUAGAAUAACAGCUGAAACAGCAAGUGACAAUACUCAUUUACGCAUUGAUUCUUCAACUCGUAAUGAUUCUGGAAAAUAUACUGUCACAGCAAAGAAUGAUUUUGGAAAGGACUCAGCUGAUAUAGAGGUAAUCGUGGUUGAUAAACCAGGUUGUCCUAAAGGACCUCUUCAGUAUACGUCUGUAUCCCAGGACAGUGUUUCUCUUGCCUGGAAUCCACCUGCAGAUGAUGGUGGAGGUGAUAUUACAGGCUAUGUAGUUGAAGUAGCUGAGUUUGGUACUGACAGCUGGCGGCAGGUUCCAGGGUUCUGUCCAAAACCAGCAUUUACAGUAAAGUCUCUGACUGAAGGCAAACGAUAUGUAUUCCGUGUACGUGCAGAGAAUAUUUAUGGCCUUUCUGAACCAUUGGAUGGCAAGCCAGUGGUUGCCAAGAGCCCAUUUGAUCCACCAGAUGCACCUGGUCAGCCAGAAAUUACAUCCUACAGCCCCAACAGUUGCAAUCUCAGCUGGACACCACCUCAGAAUACAGGAGGAAAACCAGUAACAGGUUACUAUGUUGAGAAACGUGAACGUGGUGGUGAAUGGAUAAAAGUAAACAAUUAUCCAACACCAAACACCAGUUACACUGUUCAGGAUCUUCGAGAAGGAAAUAGGUAUGAAUUUAGAGUUGUUGCACUGAAUGAAGCUGGUCCUGGCAAACCAAGCAAGCCAACAGAACCACUUACAGCUCAAGCACAAAGAUUGAAACCAGAUGCCCCUGAACCUCCCAAACCAGAUCGUGUAACUAAAGAUAGUGUAACUCUAUCCUGGAGACCGCCACGUAGUGAUGGAGGUGCUAAGAUUAAGGGCUACAUUGUACAAAAGAAGGCAAAAGGAGAUAAGGACUGGUCAGAUGCUAGUGGAGCACCUAUUCCUGUUACAGUCUUUAAGGUACCAAAUCUUAAAGAAGGGGAUGAGUAUCAGUUCCGUGUAAUCGCUGUCAAUGAUGUAGGGCCAUCAGAACCUAGCAGACCUAGUCAGAAUGUACUUAUUGAGGAGCAGCCUAAUAAACCAUGCAUGGAUUUGGGAGCAUUACGUGAUAUUACGGUGCGUGCUGGUGAAGAUUUCUCCAUCCAUGUGCCAUAUGUUGCCUUCCCUAAGCCAACUGCAUCUUGGUUUGCAAAUGAUAAUUUACUGGAUGAGGCUGAUACUAGAGUAUUCCACCAGCUGGCUGAUGACUUUGCAAGCAUUGUUGUCAAGAAUUCUAAGAGAUCAGAUACUGGCCAGUAUAGGCUUCAGCUACGGAACCCAUCUGGAUAUGAUACAGCUACAGUCAAUGUCCGUGUGCUAGAUCGACCUGGUCCUCCAGAAAAUCUCCGUGCUGAUGAAUUCGCAGGAGAUGCACUUACUUUAUACUGGAACCCACCAAAGGAUAAUGGUGGUGGUGACAUUACCAAUUAUAUUGUAGAGAAGAAAGAACCGAGGUCACCAACAUGGUCAAAAGUGAGCAGUUAUGUGACUACACCAUUCUGUAGAUUACGAAACUUGGUUAUUGGACAUGAGUAUGAAUUCCGUGUAAUGGCUGAAAACCAAUAUGGUGUUUCGGAUCCUGCUGUAACGAAAGACCCAGUCAGAGCACGACAUCCAUUUGAUCCUCCUGGAGCACCUGGUGCACCACGUGGAGUUGAAACAUCAGAAGAUUCUAUUACAAUUGCAUGGACAAAACCACGGCAUGAUGGAGGAUCACCUAUAACUGGCUAUAUCGUAGAAAAGAAGUUAAUAAAUGAAGACAAGUGGACCAAAGCCAAUCAUGUGCUGAUUCAGGAUCUAAGUUACAAAGUGGGCAGUCUGAUUGAAAAUCAUGAAUAUGAGUUCCGAGUGGCAGCAGUAAAUGCUGCUGGACAAGGUCCAUGGAGUUCAGCCUCUGAUGCUAUUUGUUGCAGGCCACCUCCAAGCUCACCUAAGAUCACAAGCGAUCUUAGCAUCAGAGACAUGACAGUCAUUGCAGGAGAAGAGUUCACUAUAACAGUUCCUUUCACGGGUAAUCCGGUACCAAAACCCACAUGGACCAUUAAUGGAGAAGAAGUCAUUCCAGGAGAUAGAAUCAAAUUUGAAACUACCUCCAACCAGACAGUAUUCCACAAUAGAUGUGCAAGAAGGAGUGAUAUGGGCAUUUACACUAUACAGUUAGUGAAUACUGAAGGCUCAGAUACUGCUUCUUGCAAGGUUUUGGUUGUAGAUAAACCACUGCCACCUCAGGGACCACUAGAUGUGUCUGACAUCACUCCUGAGACUUGUUCCUUGAGCUGGAAGCCCCCAUUAGAUGAUGGUGGCUCUCCUAUCACAAACUAUGUAGUGGAGAAACUUGACCCUGCUUCUGGAUUGUGGACCAAAGUAAGCAGUUUUGUUAGAAGCUGUCACUAUGAUGUCAUUGGGUUGGAACCAAACAGAAAAUACAGCUUCAGAGUUCGUGCAGAAAACCAAUAUGGUGUCAGUGAGCCACUGGAAACAGAUCAGCCAAUCACAGCAAAGUUUGCAUUUACGGUACCAGACCCACCAGGACAGCCACGUGUAACUGACUGGGAGAGUGGAAAUAUAACUCUGAUCUGGGACAGGCCAUUAAGUGAUGGAGGUUCCAGAAUUCAAGGCUACAAAGUUGAGUACAGAGAUGUGGCUGAAGAUCCUCAGUGGCGAGUUGCCAAUGACUAUCUAGUCAAAGACACAACAUACACUGUCCAUAGUUUGCUGCAAGGCAGAGAGUAUGAAUUCCGAGUCAGGGCAAAGAAUGCUGCAGGAUUUAGCAAACCUUCACCACCAUCAUCACGCUUCCAGCUGAAGGGCAAAUUCAAUGUUCCUUCUCCACCAGGAACACCAAAAGUAGUGAAAGUAGGAAAGAGCUAUGUCGAUCUGACCUGGGAACCACCCAUAUCUGAUGGUGGUAGCAGAAUAACAGGCUACAUUAUUGAGCGCCGUGAAGUUGGUGGACCUCCAUGGGCUCGCUGCAAUGAAUACAAUGUUACAGACUGUAGUUACACUGUUCUAAACUUAGUAGAACGGGCAGACUAUGAGUUUAGAAUAUUUGCAGUCAAUGCUGCAGGUCGCAGCGAACCUAGUUCCUGUACAACACCAGUCAAAAUAUGUGAAGUUGAGGGAGGGGAAAAACCGGAGUUUGUACGACAUUUACUUCCAACUACUGUACCACUUAAUAGUUCUGUUGUACUUGAAUGUGAAGCAACUGGCAAGCCACCUCCAUCUGCAAGGUGGCUUCGUAAUGGGCGAGAGAUUAUGCCUGGUGGAAGAUUUCGAAUGGAGUCCAAAGGUGGUGUAUUUAGACUCAUUAUCUCAGAAGUUUGGGAAGUUGAUGAUGGUGACUACACCUGUGAAGCAAAUAAUACUAUUGGCUUCGUUACAACAACUGCCAGAUUAAAGAUUGGAGCACCACCAAGAAUUGAUAGGAUGCCAGGUGACUUGUAUUUGCCAGAGGGUGAUAAUACAAAGAUCAAAAUCUAUUACUCUGGUGAUCAGCCUAUGGAAGUAACUCUGACCAAAGAUGGCAGAAAGAUUGAUGAAACAACUCACAUAAAGUACACUGUAUUCGAUGAAUACCUCAUAAUAUUUAUCAAAGAAAUAGUGAAGUCAGAUGCUGGAACUUACACACUAAAUGUGAAAAAUGAUAGUGGAAGUGUGUCUGCUUCAUUUACUGUUUAUAUAACAGGGUUGCCAGGUCCACCAAUUGGUCCUCUGGAUGUGUCUGAUAUAACUAAGCAUACUUGCACACUCAGUUGGAAGCCUCCAACAUAUGAUGGUGGUCUUCGCAUCACCCAUUAUGUGGUGGAGAGGCGAGACAUAUCAUUGUCCCACUGGAUCAUUGUAUCUAGCUUCUGCAAAGAUACAGUUUUCACUGUCCAAGGACUUACUGAAGGUCAGGAGUAUCUGUUUAGAGUUAUGGCAGCCAAUGAUAACGGCAUGGGCCCACCUCUUGAAGGCACUAAUCCAGUCAAAGCAAAGGCUCCAUUUGAUCCACCUUCUGCACCUGGCGUACCAGUUGUAAAGGAGGUUGGUGGAGACUUUGUCAAUUUGUCAUGGGAGAAACCAGAAUCAGAUGGUGGUUCUCGAAUCCAGGGUUACUGGAUAGAUAAACGUGAGGUUGGCAGUGAAGCAUGGCAAAGAGUAAGUGCUACUCUUUGUGUGGCAACCACAAUUAACAUUUCCAAUCUUAUUGAAGGCCGUCAGUAUGAGUUCAGAGUAUUUGCACAAAAUGUUGCGGGCAUAAGUCCACCCUCUACAGCAUCUACAUCUGUGAAAAUAAAAGAUCCACAUGCUGCUCAGCCACCAGAAAUUGUGAAGCCGUUGAGGAAUGUGAGUGCAGUACAGAAUCGAAAUGCAGAAUUCAAAUGCACCAUCACUGGGUCACCAAGACCAGUUAUUACAUGGUAUAAGGGUGCAAGAGAGCUUUCACAAAGUAUGAAAUAUCAUAUGCUAACUGAAGGUGACAGCUAUUCACUGAUAAUUAAUGACAUUUUUGGGGAGGAUGCUGAUGAAUAUGUAUGUAGAGCUGUGAACAAAGGAGGAGUGAAGUCUACCCGUGCAGAACUCUUCAUUAUGACACCACCAAAGCUUAAUGUUCCACCUCGAUUCAGAGAUUCAGCAUUCUUUGACAAAGGAGAAAAUGUGGUCAUUAAAAUACCUUUCACUGGUCACCCUAAACCAAGAAUAACAUGGACCAAGGAUGGAGAAACUAUUGAGUCUGGUGGACAUUUUGCCCUAGAAGUUAAGGAAAGGCAUGCUGUGCUAACUAUUCGUGAUGGUAGCAAACUCGACAGUGGCCCAUAUCGCAUUGUUGCAGAAAAUGACUUGGGAAUGGAUUCAGCAAUAAUCAAAAUUCAGAUUAGUGAUCGACCAGAUCCACCUAGGUUCGUCAAUGCAGAGAACAUUGGACAUGACUCCCUUGCUCUCUCAUGGCAACCUCCAUCAUGGGAUGGUGGCAGCGGUAUUACGAACUACUUGGUAGAGAAGCGUGAACAUCCCAUGUCCAGCUGGAUACGUGUUGGAAACACCAGGUUCACUACGAUGGCAGUUACGGGUCUUAGCCCUGGUCAUGAGUAUGAGUUCAGAGUGUAUGCUGAAAAUAUUUAUGGAAGAAGUGAUCCAAGCUCAACAUCAACCCUCAUAAAAAUGAAAGACACUGGAAAGAAGAUUGUUAGGAAGAAAAAAUAUGAAGUUGAUGCCACUGGUAAGAAGAUCAGAGGACAAGCUGAUGGAAAAGUGUCCGACUAUGACCAGUAUGUCUUCGAUAUCUACUCUAAAUAUGUGCCACAACCAGUGGAAAUUAAAACAACUAGUGUCUAUGAUUAUUAUGACAUUUUGGAAGAAAUUGGCACAGGAGCAUUUGGUGUUGUGCAUCGCUGCCGUGAAAGGAAGACUGGCAACAUAUUUGCAGCAAAAUUCAUUCCAGUGUCCCAUGCUAUGGAGAAGGAACUGAUUAAAAAGGAAAUUGAUAUUAUGAAUCAGCUGCAUCAUCCUAAACUCAUCAAUUUACAUGAUGCAUUUGAAGAUGAUGAUGAAAUGGUGUUAAUAUUUGAGUUUUUGUCUGGUGGAGAGCUGUUUGAACGAAUCACUGCUGAGGGUUACUCAAUGUCUGAAGCUGAGGUCAUCAACUACAUGCGGCAGAUAUGUGAAGGUGUCAAACAUAUGCAUGAGAAGAAUAUAAUUCAUCUAGAUAUAAAGCCAGAAAAUAUUAUGUGCCAGACAAGGAACAGCACAAAUGUUAAACUCAUAGACUUUGGAUUGGCAACAAAGCUGGAUCCUAAUGAAGUAGUCAAAAUAUCAACAGGAACAGCAGAAUUUGCAGCACCAGAAAUUGUAGAAAGAGAACCAGUAGGAUUUUACACUGACAUGUGGGCAGUUGGUGUACUCGCAUAUGUUCUCCUAAGUGGACUAUCACCUUUUGCUGGAGAUAAUGACAUUGAAACACUGAAAAAUGUUAAAGCUUGUGACUGGGAUUUCGAUGAAGAGGCAUUUGCAAAUGUAUCUGAUGAAGGCAAAGAUUUCAUUCGAAGGCUUUUAGUGAAAAAUAAAGAGAAAAGGAUGACUGCUCACGAAUGUCUUCUUCAUGCCUGGCUUACUGGUGAUCACAGCAAACGCACUAAUGUCAUCAGUUCCUCAAGGUACACGAAUAUACGUGACAAAAUUAGAGCAAAAUACACAGAUUGGGAUGCAUUCAUCCUACCUAUUGGUAGGCUUGCAGAGUAUAGUUCUCUACGCAAACUGUUGGUGGACAAGUAUCGCAUUCAUGACACUUCAUUUGACCGCAGACAAGCUGCCCCAAGGUUCGUAAUCAAACCACAAAGUGCUUUUGCCUAUGAGGGACAAAGUGCUAAGUUCUAUUGCAGAGUAAUUGCAAUAGCCACACCAACAUUGACGUGGUACCAUAACAAUGCUGAACUGAAACAAAGUGUAAAAUUCAUGAAGCGUUAUGGAGGUGAUGAUUACACAUUCAUUAUCAACAGAGUUAAACUGGAAGACAGAGGAGAGUACAUAAUUAGGGCAGAGAACCACUACGGCUAUCGUGAAGAAGUCGUAUUCCUCAAUGUCCAACCCAUUCCAAAAGAGAUUCCACAGUACAGACCUGAAGUCCAGCCUGUAAGACGCCGUGAGCCAUUGUCCUAUGCUCUGUGGCAAGAUGAAAGAGAGAGUGCACCAAGUUUUACAUUCCAUUUGCGACCCAGGGUCAUGCAGAUACGACAGACUUGCAAACUGCUGUGCUGUCUCAGCGGAAAACCAGUACCAACGGUAAAAUGGUACAAAGACAAGAGAGAACUAUCCAAAUAUGACUACACUAUGACACAUGCAGAUGGUGUAGUAACAAUGGAAAUUGUGGACUGUAAACCAGAAGAUUCUGGGAAAUACAGAUGUGUUGCCACAAAUAUUCAUGGGACUGAUGAAACAAGUUGUGUUGUUAUUGUAGAAGGCUAUGGAUCUACUGCAGAGCAAACCGAGUUAGCUAACAAACUGAUGUAUUCUGGAGAUCGGCGAUAUAUUGAACAACCGAGCCGACCUACAGCAAGCCCGUCUGUAUCUGUCCGGAGAUCCAGCUACAGAGCCUCAGACACUUACAGCAGUUCUGAUUACCGUAGUAGUUCCAGCUCAUCAGUGAAACAGAGUUCAACUAGUCAUUCAAAUUACAAGUCUGCAGCAACAAUAGCUAUGAGUGCAAGUUCAUCAGAGAACAAGACAACGCAGUCUUCUGACAAGCGUGUCAUGAAGAAGUACGGCAGUAAGCUCGAUGCGACAGGCAGCCCAUCGAGGUCCAGAAGUGCCACCAAGGAGCUAAUAUUGCCACCUGAUGAUUCCUUAAUGUGUGCUCCUGCAUUUACUAAGAAAUUGGAAGAUCUCACCAUAAAUGAUGGUGAUCAUUUGCAGUUGAGCUGCACUGUCACAGGAGAUCCAGACCCCCAGAUCACCUGGAGUAAGAAUGGAGAGACUUUGACUUCUUCUGACAUUAUUGACCUAAAGUACAAAGGAGGCAUUGCUAGUCUCACAAUAAAUGAAGUUUUCCCAGAAGAUGAAGGAGAAUACUGCUGUGAGGCUACAAAUUCCAUAGGGACUGCAAAGACAAAGUGUAAACUCAAAGUUAAACCAAUGGAGUCAGCUGCUGGAGCCAAGAGCAAAGGUGGUGACUCUGCUCCAAAGAUUGUGAGUCACUUAGAAUCUGCAUAUGUCAAAGAUGGAGAGCCAGUUACAUUGUCCUGCAGGAUUAUUGGUGCGAAAAAGUUUGAUGUAAUUUGGCUCCACAAUAAUAAAGAAAUUAAGCCAAGUAAAGAUUUUGAAUACACAAAUGAAGCAAAUAUAUACAAACUUAAUAUUGCUGAAAUAUUCCCAGAAGAUUCCGGCACUUACACAUGUGAGGCAUUCAAUGAUGCUGGUGAAUCAUUCAGCAGUUGUACACUUGUUGUACUAGUUCCUAAUGAGGAGCCAAAGAGUCCAGUUUUCAAAACAUUCCCACAGUCUGCCACAGUGCAAGAAGGUGAAAGUGUGAGGUUUGAGUGUGAGACAGAGAAAGUUCCAGUCAAAGUGACAUGGUUGAAGGAUGGAAAACCUGUUGAUGAACAAAGUUCAAAUUACCAGUUCAUUAUGGAUGGCAAAAAGAAGUUCAAGUUUGAGAUAGUAAAAUGUACAUCUCUGGAUGUUGGACAGUACACAGCAAAAGCUGUAGGAAAGAAAGGAGAAACUACAGCUGCAUUUGCUCUCAAUGUGUGUCCUCCUGGUGAACUCUGAAGACCAUACCAGUAGUUGUAAGCGAAGUACAUUGUUGUUGAGUCUCUGUUUAAUGCCAUUGUGUUCCUGAGGGAGCUUGGAAAUGACCAACUUGGAUGAGCUGAGUGACAGCCUGUCAUGAAAAGUGCAAAAAUAAAUAUAUACAUAUAAGUUAUCAUAUAUUUAUUUAAGAUAAAACAUUGUUCCUUUAUCCAUAUAUUCAUACAUUGUGCCAUAUUAAUUGUAAAAAUUAUUUGCCAGCAUCCUCAAAGUGACACACAAAUUAAAUUAUUGACUGAACAUCAUGCAUCAUGAAACAGUUUUCUACCUAUCACCAACAUAAAAUCAUCAACAUUAUUUAAAUAUAGCAUAGUCAUCAUAUCACAUCCAUUAAUUUGUUAAUGUAAUUUCUCUGUCAUUUUAGUCUGAAUUGAAAACUGUUGUCAUCAUGUAUGAUGGAAUCUAGUCAACUGAAGUUUGGUCCCUAAAUGUUAUGCAAUCAGAAAUGGAUACACACAGGUAUGUCUGUGUGGAUGACAACACGUGUGUGCAGCACGUGCAUUUCGGAGUAUGAUUGUGAGUGUGAAAGGGAGUGAGGUUGGUUCUGGAUGUGUGUGCAUGCAUGCAUGUGUGUACAUAUAUAUAUGUAUAUGUGAAAGUAUUUUUUUACUGAUUGCUUUAAGAAAUAAAUAUUUUUAUUAAGACCUGAAUUUUAGUAAGUAUGUAUUAUUAAAUUAUUUUGUACAAUUCAUUUGUAUGUAAAUGGAUGAAGGGCAUUUAAACUAGUGAUGUUUGUACUUCGAUUUACUUUCCAAUUGCUUAAAACUAUGAAAAAUGUAGCUUUGUUCGUAUGGAACUGGGUGUUAUUCUUCUGUCUUUAGAGUUCCUUUUUCUCUAAACAUUGUAAAAAAACUAAACUAUUUUAUGUAAAAGACAAGAGUUUAACACGCAGACCUCUGUAUCUUGUAAUGUUUGUGUACUUAUUCUCAACAGAACUCACAACUCUGUAUAGUUCAAUGGUAUGGUGUAUGAAUAAACGGUAAUGUGAACAGACAA